GUGCUACAAUACAGUGGGAAAAUCCAGGGACUUUGGCCUUGAUUCAGAUGCCCCAUCUUGAACGACUGCAUCCUGCUGGCGUGUCUCAAGCAGGGAGUAUUGAUCUGCAUCCUCUCUGUGCAUCAAUGAAGAGUCCAAGUAUGGCUUUGUUCAAGCAACAGAAGGUGGAGGACGUUUACGAAAUUGGGGAAGAACUAGGAAGUGGCCAAUUUGCUAUUGUGAAGAAAUGUAGAGAAAUAAGCACCGGUUUGGAGUACGCUGCUAAGUUCAUUAAGAAGCGGCAGAGUCGGGCCAGUCGUCGUGGGGUGAGGCGUGAGGAAAUAGAACGGGAGGUGGACAUUCUGCAGCAGACCCUACAUGCCAACAUCAUCAAGCUUCACGACAUCUAUGAGAACAAGACAGAUGUGGUUCUCAUCCUUGAGCUAGUGUCUGGGGGAGAACUUUUUGACUUCCUGGCUCAGAAGGAAUCUUUGAGUGAAGAGGAAGCAACCAGAUUCAUCAAGCAGAUUUUGGAUGGUGUGAAUUACCUUCACUCUAAGAAGAUCGCUCACUUUGACUUAAAGCCUGAAAACAUUAUGCUUUUAGACAAGAAUAUCCCUAUUCCACACAUCAAACUCAUUGACUUUGGCCUGGCUCACAAAAUAGAAGAUGGAGUUGAAUUUAAAAACAUUUUUGGAACUCCAGAAUUCGUAGCUCCAGAAAUAGUGAACUAUGAACCACUGGGGCUGGCUGCAGAUAUGUGGAGCAUAGGAGUCAUCACCUACAUACUGCUUAGUGGUGCAUCACCAUUCCUUGGAGAAACUAAACAAGAAACGCUUGCUAACAUCACAGCUGUGAAUUAUGAAUUUGAUGAAGAAUUUUUCAGCAAUACCAGUGACCUGGCAAAAGAUUUUAUUCGGAAGCUCCUGGUGAAAGAUCCACGGAAACGGCUUACAAUUCAGGAAGCUCUGUCUCAUCCAUGGAUAACGCCAUUGGACAAGCAGCAAGCUUUGGUACGGCGAGAAUCUGUUGUUAACAUGGAAAACUUCAAAAGGCAGUAUGCCAGAAGGCGGUGGAAGCUUUCUUACAGCAUUGUCUCCUUGUGCAACCACUUAUCUCGUUCACUGGUGAAAAAGGUCCUAAUUCAGGAUGAAUGUUUGAGAAACUGUGAAAGUGAAAGUGACAGUGAGGAUCUUCUGCAAAGAAAAGCUGCUCUUCAGAAGAGAGGUAGCAUAUCCUAGUGUGAUGAGAAUCCCACAGGCAAGAAACAGGAAACUUUCAUCCCUGCUGGAAAAAACAGCCCUGACAGCCUUACUGUCUGGAUCCUUGGAAUGAUGCUUCUUACUUCUGAAGUGACACCAACAACUGGAUAAUGUUAUUAAUUGUCUUCUGAGCAUUUUAGAACACUGUUGAUCCAGAUUUCCAGGGAAGUGCCACAGCACAGGCUCCACUGGAGUGCUUUUAUAUUUUGAGCUCUUUGUUGAUAUUUCAGUCUUUGUGAUAUCAACUUUACUCAGGAUGCGGGCUUUCUACUUGAUGUACUUUUACUGCAGAAUCGUUCAUAUUCCACACAGGGAUUAAACCUGUGUGUAUUAUUUCAGUCAGGGAAAUUAUUAUCAAGCCUUAAGGAAUUUUCUUAUGAUUUUUGUACUUGUUAAUAGCGUAAAUAUUUGAUAGCAGGUAUUGAUUGCUGUGGGCAGUUCUCACUCUGCUAUUGCUGUUGUUGAAGAGAGAACCACAGUGCCACUGCACUCCAUAACUUUGCCUUCACAAACCUGGCAGUCAGCAGUUCUCUAUUCCAGUAAGGACUGUGCUGCAGCCAUCAUCUGGCUGAUUGCAAGAGGACUAACACAGCUGCCGUGGAUAACGAGCACAGCCAAAAAGAAAUCUGUACUGGCUUGGAGGUUGUUUUGCACCAAGUAAAACAUUUUUACAGAGUGAUGGUGGGGUGCUUCACCAGCACAGGGCACUUGGAGAAGCCCUAAGGAACGGCCAAAAUAGUCAUUAUUAGACUUGAUUGUUUUAAUUUAUUAGCAAAUUGGAAAUUCAUUAACACCUAGUUACAUAGGUGUCGUUUACACGUCAACCCAAACUGCAUACUUUUGGGUUUUAUUCAAAGGGUUUAUAUUGAAGAUUGAGUGAAGAAGCACUUUAAUUUAGCGCCUUUCUGCUAGUAAGUUGCAUAAUUUUAUCUACAUUAGUUUAUAUAGAACAUGCUAGUAUUAUCCAGUUGGUACAAAAAAUGUGCACUGACGAGGCUAUUUUUUGGUGGAAUACACUAGUUGUUAAAAAUCCACAUUUACUUUGCCUUUAAUAUGUAAACUAAAAAUUGCAAAGCAAGCUUUCUAGAAAAAGCUGAAGAUUGAUAGGAAAAACCAAUUUUGUUUGGCUCUAUGGUGGUCACAUCCGGGUAAACCAGUGCUGAAAACUGGUAUUAGGUUAAUUUUGCUUGUCUUCCAGUUUCUUAGGAAGAAGGAAAAUUAUGCUGCUUGUAUUUAUAUUUUUUGUAUGCUUGCUUAGGUAGAGGCUGAAAUGCAGUUGACAAGAAAGCACUUCUGUGAAAGGAUGGAAGUGUGCAAGAAGCAUUGCAGAAGAGAGGUGGAAGGUAGGAUCUGAGGGAAGAAUAGUGAUGUAAAUUGAAGGAAGUAGUGAAGGGGCAAAAGCAGUGGGAAGGAGAUAUGUGAAGGAGGAGGUGUGCAGGGAAUUGGUGUGCAGGGAGGUGUGAAGGAUUGAGAAGGUUGAAGGAAGGGAAAGAGAAUGUAGGUAGAGGAAUUUGGGUGUUUUUGUUUGAUUGGUAUCUGUUUGUUUCCCCCAUCUCCAAUGAAGAUGGGGUCAUUUUGGUGAACAAAGGGAGUGUUAGAACUGUGCAGCUCCACAAUCUUUGGCUGUCUUUUUCUCUUUUUUUUCCCAAUAGUUCGGUUGUUCUAAUAAACUGUACCUGUACAGUAGGCAGCUGGAUGCUAGAAGUUUCAGAUAAAUUAUCAGCCAGCCUGACAUUUUUAAGAACUCUCUUAAUUGAGUUAAUUGAGUGCUGUGGCAAUUUAACACCAGUUGAGGAUGAGCUCUGUUGCUGCUACCGUGUUUUUUCUUCCCCUUCUUUUACCAAAUUGGAGUGGCACUUUGCACCCCAGGUAGGACUGAAUCCACCCUUUUUUGUCCCCAGUCCUGGAGGUGUGACGUCUGCUAGUGGCUGUAUUAGCACUUUGUCAAACUGGGGUUGUCUCAGUAGUUGUCUCCACCAACCCGUACCCCAGAUGGAGCAUUAGAAAACGCAUUAAACAAACAAGGAGAAGUCAUAGGACACUGAGCUGUUGUAUGCCUGUUGUUUUUCAUUUGUUUUCUUUUCCUUCCAAAUUAAUUCUCUUUGAUCAGUUGAGCUUUGAGACAUUUUUCAGUGAAGUCAACACACUGCAGCAUGACCUGGUUUGUUGGCAGCCACUCCUGUCACGUUUCAGCAUCAACACGGCUGUGCAAAGAGCGCUGGGUUUGGAUUAUACAGCAACAUUAACUUGGGACAGUGUUCCUACCAUUUUUUUUUUGUUUGUUUUCUUGCUUUCAGCACACUUCUACAAUGCUGGAUGAUCUUUCAAGUAGGCUAAUAAUUUGUUUUUCAAUUUAGGUCACCUGUUGUUUGUUUCUGAUUUGGGAAUCUGCUCUUGUAUUCAUUUCUGUGAAGCACUUGGUGAUAUGUUCUUGAAAUUACUCUGCGCUGCCUGUGCUGUUUGCAGAGCUCUCAGAGUUCCAGGACUCUUCAUGCCUGCUGAAAUCCUGGCCUGAAUUCCUUUUUCUGCUGAGGUGAUUGGACAUGGAUUGCUGGACAUAAAGUUCUUUCACACUGUGAAACAGUAUCACAGGGACCAGGCGGAGCAUCUGUGGGGCUUCCAUGUAGUAUGUUGUACUUUGGUAGACUGAGGAGGACAAGAUUCUUCAUCAGUGGAGCAUUUCCAAUGUUUAAACCUUGGUUUUCAUAAAUUACAUGUGGUCUUGUUAAAUGUUUUACAUGCUCCCCUUGACACUGUAAUUUUUUUUAAUGGAACAGGCUCCAUAUUUGUUGUAUUCAUACUUUGCUGGUUUUUGUGUUGUUUUGUUUUUUUUUUUAAUUGUGACAAUUACACUCAUCAUAAUUUGAGCUCAACUCGUUUAUAUCAUUAAUUGUCCUGUAGGAAUUGAGAACAAAUUCUCACUAUAUUGUUCACUUAGCUGCUUUGGGUAUAUAUAUUAAAAAAUAGUAGCGGAAAAGGAAAAACAUGUUCAAUGCAUGCAGAGUGCUGCAGUAGCAUUAUGUGGGAGCAGUGAUGGGAAGAGCCGUCUGGGGGAAUCUGUCCCAAACAGAAUGACAACGUGUCUUCAGUGAGGGGCCACCCAGCUCACCUGCUGGCUUCCCCUUGCUGCCCCAGAGCAUUCCCUGGGCUAUGGAAAACCAAAUAAACUCAGAGCCAGAG